AUGACCGCCACAGAUACCGAGAAGGCAAUCCGAGACCUCGUAUCCGGCGCGUUCGGCGACAUGGAAGUCGAGGUCUCCAUCGAGGACGCGGUGGUGCCUGGGUUGGACCCUCAGUUCAGGUUGCUGGCGCACCAAGUCGCGGGCAGGAAGUGGAUGGCGGACCGCGAGACUGGCAAGAAGAACGGCGGGAUCCUGGCGGACGACAUGGGAUUGGGGAAGACCAUACAGACAAUCGUGCGCAUCGUGGAAGGACGAGCAAAGAAGCAAGAUCAAAAGGAAGGCUGGUCACCGGCGACUUUGGUUGUAUGUCCUGUGGCCGUUGUGUCACAGUGGGCAAGUGAGGUCGCACGGAUGGCGCCUGGACUUAUCGUCGUCGAGCACCAUGGGCCGAACCGUACAACCGACCCCGCGAAGCUGGAGCGUGCACACGUUGUAGUCACGUCCUACACAAUCGUCUCUUCUGAACAUGGAGUCUAUACUGGCGGGGGCACGAACAAGGCACCCAAGAAGAAACAGUCGUUGGAUGAUUCGGACUCGGACAGUAGUGUAGGCAGCUCGCUGCCUGCGAGGAAGACUACGAGAAGGGCAGCUACGAAAGCGAAGAAAGACGCACUGUUCCGUGUACGAUGGUGGCGUACCGUGCUCGAUGAAGCCCACAAUAUCAAGAACCGCAACACCAAGGCAGCGACGGCUUGUUCCGCGCUGGAGAGCAAAUUCCGCUGGUGCCUCACGGGUACACCGAUGCAGAAUAGCGUGGAAGAGUUGUUUUCGCUGUUCAAGUUCCUACGCGUCAAGCCUCUGAACGACUGGCCAACCUUCAACUCGCAGAUCGCACAACCAAUCAAAGCCAACCGUACUGCUCGGGCUAUGAAGCGUCUACACGUUGUGCUCAGCGCAGUGAUGCUCCGUCGGACGAAGGACACCGUCGUGAACGGCAAGCCGAUCCUGGAGCUUCCCGAACGGGUGGUUGAGAUUGUUGAUUGUGCCUUCGAUGCCGGGGAGCGGGCGUUCUACGAUAAGGUCAAUUCGCUGGUGCAGAACAGACUAGAAACUUUGGAACAACAAGGCGGAGCGGCGAGGAACUAUACGUCCAUGCUCAUCCUGCUCCUUCGUCUGCGGCAAGCGUGCAACCAUCCGUCACUUGUGUCGGAGGACUACAGGAAGGAUGGAGAGGCCGUGGACCCAAAGGCCAGCAAGAGCCAAGAUGGGGACGACGACGCAGACGAUCUGGCGGAUCAGCUGGCUGGGAUGGGUCUCGCGAGCGUGAAGCGUUGCCAGCUUUGCCAAACCGAGUUGCAGCCCUCUAACACUGCGGAGAACGGGACCUGCAAGGACUGCAUAGCCGUGGUAGCAAACGCGAAGCGCAGAGCUGAUCACGACUUGCCGCCCGACUCAUCUAAGAUACGCAAGAUCAUGGAUAUCCUUCAGGAGAUCGACGAACGCUCGGAGGGGCAAGAGAAGACCAUCAUCUUCUCUCAGUUCACCUCGAUGCUGAACAUCAUUGAGCCAUUCCUUAAGGCGGAGGGUAUCCGAUAUGUACGCUACGACGGGUCCAUGAACAAGGCACAGCGUGAGCACGCGCUUGAUCAGAUCAAGGAGGAGAAUGGUCGUACGCGGGUCAUCCUGAUCUCAUUCAAGGCUGGUUCAACUGGGUUGAACUUGACGUGCUGCAAUAACGUGAUCUUGGUAGACCUUUGGUGGAACCCGGCGCUGGAGGACCAAGCCUUUGAUCGAGCUCAUCGGUUCGGUCAGAAGAGGGACGUGCGCAUCCGCAAGCUGUGCGUUCCCGACACUGUCGAGCAGCGUAUUCUUGAGCUGCAAGACAAGAAGCGUGAAUUGGCAAAGGCGGCGCUGUCCGGAGACAAGAUGAAGAACAUGCGUCUUGGUGCCGACGAACUGGCGGCGCUCUUUCGCCCGGGUGGUCACGACGAGGAUGAGGAUACAGACUAG